GCGAUCAAAGCAAAGCAAUCCCUCACACAGCUUUUCUCUCCUCCUCCGCCUGUUUUAACUCAUAAUGCUCGACUUUAUUGCUGUCCGCUGUUUUCAGUCGUGUAAUAUCGCUGCACAUCUCUCUGUUUGUGAUACUAUUUCGCCUUAUUUUCGUUGAGCAAUAUUGACAUUUCUGGUUUGAUGGACGCGUUUCCGGCCCAGCAUACUUUGUACCAGCGACGUGUGAAUAGGGGUGGUCCUGACUGUAAAAGGGGGAAGGCCUGACUCAAUCUAUUUAUUUUUUCUUUUCUGGUACCCUCCCACGUAUUUAACGUCGACAUUAUUGUGUUUUACCUAUCGGGGGGAACAGCCGGCGGUUGUUCUAAGCCGUUUAGGUUCGUGUAAAAUACCCCGACGCCCCCCUCUUUUCGCUCGGCGGUCGUAACGUCCGAACGUCCAGCUGAUUGCUUUGAGUGCCGUUCAAUUAUUCCAGUUCAAACUGAGCCGUUUUGUUUGACUUAACGGAAGCGUUUUUUGGGGCCGAAACGGGUCGACUUCGCCACAUUUUUGUCACCGUCUUGUGGACUUAAAAAAGAAGACCAGCUUUAUCUUUUUUGUCUAAGUUGACUGAUCGUUUUUCCUCAUUGAACGACCAGGCCCCGGACUCAUCCCCAGCCUCGCGUUUUCUUAUCGGUUUUUGUUGGAAGUCAUGGGAGACACUAGUGAACGAAGCAAACCUCCGAGUCUACCUCCCCGGUGUCCCUGCGGAUUUUGGGGGUCCAGCAAGACGAUGAACCUCUGCUCCAAAUGUUUUGCUGACAUCCAGAAGAAGCAGCCGGGGGAGGACUGCACCUCCAAGCCUAUCCAAAGUACUGGAAGUAGCCAAUCACCUGUUUUCAGUAGUGAGACAAGCAGUAGCAGUAGCCAAUCCCUAUCGUCUUCGCCACCCACUAGCUCCGAGCAGCCGUCAACCGAAGAGCCCUCGCCCACGUUUUCCAGCACGAGGGAAGGCUCGUCGUGCACAGAAACAGCUCAAGGCACACUCUGCACACCCACAAAACGUCCACGGGAAUCAGCCUCAGGCCCAGAGAGUGAGGCGACGCCAGAGAAGAGGCCACGGACAGACGAGAAGGAGGGAAGUAGCGAGGAGGUCCGCGUGACGCCCAAGCAGAAAAACCGUCGGCGCUGCUAUCGCUGCCAAACCAAACUAGAGCUGGUGCAGCAGGAGCUGGGCUCGUGCCGCUGCGGCUACGUUUUCUGCAUGCUUCACCGUCUCCCUGAGCAGCACGACUGUCUGUUUGACCAUCUGGGCCGCGGGCGCGAGGAGGCUGUCCUCAAGAUGGUGAAGCUGGACCGCAAGGUGGGCCGCUCAUGCCAACGCAUCGGGGAGGAGUGCUCCUGAUUGGCCACGGUGUGACCAGCCAUCCAGUUAGAGAUGAGAAGUAAAAGGAGGAGGAGGAGGAGGGAGGAAUGACAAUUGGGAUGAUGGGUGGGAGAGGGAGGGAGGGGGGAGGGAGGGAAGAAGAGGAGGGGAGGGAGCAUCGUCGUAACACCCUGCAUCUGACCCGAUGAUUCUGGAUCUGAGCUCGACGCCGCCCCGUUAACGCCCGGACGAGGCUCAAGGCGGCGAAGGGGGAGGGGCCGACCGGUGGCUGAUCUGCGGAGCCACGUUCAGUAUCGCAUGUUCACACACACAGCCUUAACCCCAAACCCCACCCCGUGUUUCAGAGGAAGGACGCCGCAGAGGGGGAGCCGGUCCGUUGUACAUCAUGCACAGCUCCGGCGCAUCUCACCACAGUCUCCUCCUCUUUGCUCAUGCUCCGUUUUUUUUUUUGUUUUUUUUUGUUUUUUCCAGUACAGGAGAAGAUGUUGAACUGUUGUAGCUUUGGGCUGAACUGAUCCGUGUGGACUCAUUACACAGCAGGUUGCUUGUUUUGUUUUUUCCCCCCAUUUCUUGGUCGCGGGUGUGGUGUUCAGCUCUGUCCCACGACCACGCCUCAGGUCGUCAUCAAGGGGUUGGAGUAUCAAACCUGUAACCCCGCCUUCCUCUUCUUCUUUUCUUUUUUUUCUUCCACUAGGUCCAUGUGCAGCAUCACUCCGGGUUUUGCUUGUGCAUGGUACCAGCAGCGGUGUAUUUGUGCAGGUUUGAGGUGUCAUUUGGUCAUGUGAGGCAGUCCAAGGAUGCUGUCACACUGUUUUUUUUUUUUCUUCCUUUUUUUUUUCCUGUGUGGCCGUCAUGGUGGUUAGCUCCGUUUUUACUGCUCAACCACGGUGUUGUGGUGGACAAUUACAGCCAAUCCCUGCCUCUGCUCACGUGGACUGUUCUGUUGACAAAAAGAAAAAUACAAAUAAAUAUAAAAAACUAAAAACAAAAACCACACUAAUGGACAAGAGUCACUCAGAUAAAAAGUCUGUGUAGCAGAUCCUCUUCCCCCCUCUUGCCCUUUUUUUUUUCUUGCAAUGAGUGGUACUGUUGUUCUUGAUGCAUUAAGGAGAAUACGGCUUAAUUUUUUGUAUUCAGAUGAAGACAUCUUCGCCAAAACGUCAAGGAAGAAAAUUACCUGAGUGUAUCUCAAUAGUGGUCGGUAAAGAGUGUUAAUCUUGCCAUCUGACAAUAACCAUUGAAAUGGUUUUAUAAUUUAUUUUUGUGUUUUAUUUGCAGGUAGGAUUUGGGGUCAUUUACAGACUGGGGAUGUCUUUUUCUUUUCUUUUAAUGGAAGAGAACUGUUGUGCUUGUGAUUUUUUUUUUUUUUCUUGCACUGUCUUCAAGAUCACAGUUAUUUCAGUAUCUCAUGAAAACAAAAGGCCAAUUACCUGCCGAGAUGAUUUAUCCAUUGACAUUAUGAUGAGAAAACGCUGAAAGUUUUAAUAAGUAAAUGAGGGGAAACAAGAUCUUUGUUUUCUUUUACUGAUCGAUUGUUAUCUCCUGUCAUAAUACAACAAAGCUCACUGAGUAUCACAAGAAAAUGACCUGUGUUGUAUUGAGAUAAAGACUGAAAAGCAGCAUUAAGAAAAUAAUCACAAGAGCUGCUGUUCUCGACCUCCAUACUUAAUAUACAAAACUUAAUUUUUUCUCCUUUUACUUUCAAUCACCAACCAGGGCAUCGUUUGUACAAGUUUCAAGGUAGUUUAAAUCUGUGGUGUCGCAUCAAUUAAGGCUGGAAAAUUAACCAAAAGCUGGUUGAAGCUUUUAGUUUGGUGAAAUAUUAAAGCCAAACAUGAUUGGUUCUCUGCAGCCAGGUGCUCGGACAACAGUGAAAGUAGGAUUUUUUGCAAGAUCGUUUGCAUUUUGUUAAACGACAGUAAAUACUGUCACAAAUAUGACCCCGAGGUUGCACAUAUGGUGACGUCACAGAUUCAGACUUUUUUUUUAUUGAUGCCUGAGCUGGUUUUGGCUGCAGAAAUAACUUGUGAAUUCUUAAAUUGAGUGGUUUUCCCUUUCCUCGUUACAUUUCUUUUCCAUUCUGUUAUUGUUUUCGACUCUUUCUCAGCCUACUCAGUCUAACUGCUUGGACUUUGUGCUGUGCAUAUUGUUCAGUUACACACCUAUUUGUUCUUCUUAUCCUUAAAAAGGGGUUUCCACCGAAAUUAACCAUUUUUUGUGACACUGCAGGAGCUGACAUUUCCUCCAGAUUUUUGUUUAAUUUUAUUUAAUGUCCAGGCAUUUAGCGUAUGCCUUGGUUUUUUUUUUUCCUCCUUUUUGAUUUGUUUAAUUAAGGUACGGGACUCCAUAGAAGUACUUUUCAGCAUUGCUAGAAGUACAGUUUGAUGUUACUCACUGUUUUUGGAGAUCUCAAGUGUAAAGCAGGCAAGAAACGUUGAUUCAGGUGGAGCUCCCUUUAUAAGCAGACACCACUGAACUAUGCUAAUCCUCAUGCACACGUUAUCGUUUCUUCGGUCCCUCACGUCCCCCCUGCCCUCCCGUCUUCUCCGAUGAGAACACAGCGAAGGAUAAAGGGAGCCUGGAGAACUGUCAUGGCUGGUUCUUAUUUUGAUAUUUUGGAAAAACUUGUUCCUUUUUGAGUGCUAAUGAGAAAUGGAAGAAAUGGAAUAUCUUUCUGUACCUUUUAAAGAAAAAAAUUAUUUAACCUUAUAUCAGUUUGAGUUACUUACACCCUAGCAUAGAGUGGCAUAUUUAGUUAAAUGUAUAAAAAAAAAACAAGAACAUAAUUCUGUCCUAUUUUCUCCUUUAAUUUUAUCGUGUUCCAUUUUCUGCUGAGGAAAAUAAACUGGAUUAGAGGAUGUG